UCCCCCAGUCGUGUGUGAUUUUGUCCCUAUCAAAGUGGUUCCGCGCGCCCCCCUAUGCUUUGUCCCCGAAGUCCUCUCUUCAACUACGUAGAACACCCGAGUGUCUCACAGAAGAGAAUAAAAAACUAAGAGUGAGAAAAGUUGAGAUUAAACAGAGAGAGACAAUACGACACUAAAGGUCUUUUGGGGUGGGCUCAUAUCCAACCAGUGACGAAGCCACUGGAGGCUUUGACGUGGCUGCUACGUACCUGCCCGUUUGCCCACUCCGAUUGCAGCAAAGUCGGUGACGAUAAAUACGUAACUGGGCUUGUGGUCCCCGGGCUAUGGAAAGUAUGGUCGAAGAGAAUGGAUCAGCAGUUGACUCAAUGUCACCUGGUUCACAGAGUGGCGAUGCAGCACCAGCAAUUGCAACAUCGGUACAGUCAAUCAGUAGAACCCAUCAGCAGACACACCAUCUUGUUGCCUCCACUAGCAUUGUACAACUGACCCUACCAACGUCUGGAACAACUCAGGUGCAAUCUGUAAUUCAACCAAACCAUCAGUCUGUGAUACAGAGUGCUACGAAUAUACAACCGGUGGCAAUAUCCAAGGGGAAUGUUAUUCUUGUCAGCAAACCAAACUCUGUUAUACAGUCGACCCAAGCUAAUAUUCAAACGCUACAGGUCGUCGAUGCCGGUAGUGACGAUAGUUUUUCAGACGAGGAUUCUCCUAAAAAACGAAGAGAUCUCCUAACAAGACGAGCAUCCUACAGAAAAAUCUUGAACGACCUUAGUGCGAGUGAAAUUGCAGCAGGUAACUUGCCUCCCCUAGAAUCCUCCCUUGAGUGUGACUCUAAUGUGGACAGUGACAUGUCUUCCCACUCGCUCCACUACCAAACAGUAAUACCUGCGGGAACAAUACAAAUAGCUACCCAGGGGGAGGGUGUGCCAGGGCUUCACACACUGACAAUGAGCAACGCGGCAACAGCGGGUGGAACAAUAGUGCAGUAUGCACAGGGCCAGGACGCGCAAUUCUUUGUCCCAGAUUACACAGGGCAUGGGGUAGUCGUUGAGGAUGCUGCGAGGAAACGGGAAAUGAGGUUGCAAAAGAAUAGAGAAGCUGCACGUGAAUGUCGAAGAAAGAAGAAAGAGUACAUAAAAUGCCUGGAGAAUCGCGUAGCAGUGUUAGAAAAUCGAAAUCAAACCCUCAUAGACGAGCUUAAGUCGCUGAAAGAGCUCUACCAGCAGAAAACCGACUGAGACCGGCAUCCAACCAUUUGGGUACGUAAUCCGAUGAAAUUCUAUUUCUCGCCCCUUGUAUGCUCGUUGUUGUCGUCCACUUCAGCAUAAUGGGAUCCUUACAUGUCCCGAAAUAAAAUUUUUCUUCUCAGAAAAAAAGCCAACAAAACACAAAAAAAGAUGAAAAAUGUGAAGUUGACAAGUUCAACAUAAAUCGUAUAAGUGUUUCUGUAUAAUAUUGUAUUUAUGUAUCGACGUACGAUGAAAAUGAUUUUUAAAUGAGUUCUGAAAGGCUUGUGAAA